AUGCAUCAUGAUCUCGUUGUUGCUACCAAACAGGGCGAUCUCAAAGUCCUGCAAGAUAUAUAUGGACAGAACCAGCAGCAUGUGACCCGGGGGCUUACUUUUGAAGGAAAUAGUGCUCUGCACAUCGCUGCAAGAGAAGGGCAUGAGGAAGUUGUUGAAUUAAUACUUAGUGCAAGCCCUGCUUGGCUGCAACUCGUAAUUCUGAUAAGAACACGACGCUGUAUGAAUCUGCUAAGAAUGGUACGCGUGAGGCGCAAUCAGGUUGGAGAAACUGCCCUGGUAAUAGCUUCAGAGCACGGUAAUGUGAAAGUAGCCACGACAUUGUUUCUGGUUUUUUGGCCAAGGGAGGACCGUCAGACAUGCCUCAACACUGCAACUUUUGCAGGAUAUCUAGGAGAUGAAAAGGGUGUCACCCCAUUGCAUGCAGCCGCUCAUGGUGGACAUAAGGAGAUUCUCAAUGAGAUAUUAGAAACUCAAUUGAAUGAUUGUGUUGAGAUACAAAGCACCUGUCAUAAAAUAGUUGUGGACUUUGUUGUGGAAUAUGACCAACUCUCUGUCUUGAAUAAGUUACUACUUGAAAAUGAGGGUGAAACUAACACCAAACUGGUGAGCUAUGACUAUGACAUUUGGGGUAAUACAUCCUUGCAUUUGGUGGCCAUGAAUGGAGUGGAUCCCCAGGUUUCUGUUGUUCUAGAGAUCUCAAAAGAUAGGUUCAUGAUUGUGGUCCAGGAGGGUGUUCUUCAAAUUUGCAAAAUGGAUAUCCAGUCUGUUCAAUAUUUCAAGAAGCACAUGGAUAUGUUACACCCAAAUGAAAUUGAUGCAUUGCUUGUAGACCAAUUGUUGUCAUUUCCUGGAGUAAAAGAAGAUCUUGUCAACAAUAAAGGUUUAAGCCCAUUGGACAUAGCAAUACAUGCAGAAUCUCAAGAUAAGCCAAACUAUGGUAAUAUUGCAAAACGUUUGAAAGAUUUUGGUGGUACACAAAGUUUAGUAUGCCAUUGCAGAUCUAAGUCAUCUCCUUGGAAGUCACAGAAAACAACUAAUAAAAUUCGCCUUGAGAGCAAAAUAUUUGAUGUAGACACACUUGUGGCAUCACUCAUUGCCACAGUGACAUUUCCAGCUGUAUUUCAAGUACCAGGUGGAACUGAUAAGGAAAGUGUUCUUGGCAGUAUGUCAUUAGAAACAGUUUUUCAUGUGUUCUUAUUCUCAGAUUGUCUUCGCUUCUUUGCAUCCAUGACUGUAGCGAUUGAAUGGAUUUUUCGAGAAAGAUUUCAGACAAAACUUGUUGCAGAUCGGUCAGCACUAGCCAAAUUAUCAAUGGUAAGCUUGGGAAUAGCUAUAGUCUCUACAUGUCUUGCUUUCUUAAGUGCCGCCAUCCUAGUCACAAUACCUCGUAAACUUGAUUCAUCGCAGAACAAGCGCCGUAAGAAGGAAUAUAAAAUAAUAUUUACAGGCGAGGCAACUGUCAUAAUAUUUUUGGCACCAUUGCUUGUGCUUGUGUUCUUAUCAUUGUGA